UUGGCAUGCGCACUUCAAUACCGCAUAUUUUGUCAUGCUGUUAACACUUGAUUAAUAUUCUUUAUUAUUGUGAGGUUAUGUUUAGGGUAGGUGUAGGCGUUAGCGAGUGUAAUUUAUUGUAAUUUUAAGUCGAGAUUUGUCACCACUUCCGGCCGUAGCUGUAUCCCUUCUAGCCACAACUUGUGGCGGUUUGACAAGACGGGAUCCAGGAGUCUCUCCACUGGGCAUGCGCACUUCAAUGACGCAUACUUUUUGUCACGCUCAAAACAGUUGAUUAAUAUAUAUUUUUUGUUGUAAGGUUAAGUAGGGUUGGGUAGGUGAAGUUGUCAGCUAAUGUAAUUUAGUGUAAUAAUAUGGCUAGAUUUCGCACAUCAGCCAUAACCAGACACGCGCACCGUCUGUCAACUGACGUCAUUUCCUUCAGGUCGUUGCCAGGUAACGGGACGCAGACUGCAAAUGAAAACAUGUUUGCAUGGUUUUGUAAAAAGGUGAUAUAGACUGUAGUGUAAAUAAACUGUAUUAAAAGUGGGCCAGACAUGAGUCUCGUGCAUCAGUCUGAGCGGAAGUCAUGCACGUGGAGACGCGGAGACACAUUCCCAAGCAUCCGUGCGGCAGGAAAGCUCAUUCCAGUGGGUGACAGAGCAAAGACUUGUUUGCAGGACAUUACACCAAGGUGUGUAACUCCACCUGUGGUCAGAAAGUUUGUCCGUUCGGCUCAGCCGGCUGUAGGGUCAGUUCGAGUGUUUCAUGGAAGGGCAAAUGAUCCAGAUAUCGCCAGUGCUGUAGUUCAUGGUGUGAUCACUAAAUCAUCCAUAUCUGCCGGAUUAGUGAUCAACCCUGCACCAAAGACACGCUUUCAAGAAAGCCUGCGACACCUUCAAGAAAUCAAUUAUGCCACCAAUCGGAAGGCUCCUCUUGGGAGGUCACAAGUUCAAGGGCCCGGUUUGCCAAGUUGGAUUGAUCCCGAGAAAACAACAUUUGGUGUCACAACCCUCAAAUUUUCUAAUGCUGGUGAGAUCAUCAAUCCACCCAAAACUGCACAUCAGGUGCAAAAUGAGGCUGAAGACAAACAUCAACUCUACCUUCGCUCACAUGGCUCCUAUUUAGUAGGGGAGCGUGUGGACCGAAAAUAUAACCGCGAUCACUUUGACGCAGAAAGCCACUUUGGUGUCCAAACACCUCAUCGCAAUGACGGCAGGAACAUCUCCAGAUGUCUCCACUGGCUUUGUGACACACAACCAAACAACAGUGCAACAUUAGCUUCCAAACGCUGUGAUGACUUCAGAGAGAAGACUCAGCCGAAGACAGGCAAAGUUCAUGACCCAAUUGAAGAGACAUUAAAUGUUCCCAAAGAUCACACAUUUGGAGUCUUGAUGAAACCUGACGGCUUCGGUGCAGGUGACCUCCUCCAUCAGACUCCACCUGAAGAGUAUCUGAAAGGUAAAGACAUACAGAGAACACUGCUCAAUGCUGUUCGCCAGCACCUGAAGAGGUCUAACUACCAGAACUUCAGCUCACUACUGGAAGCGUUCAGAUUCUAUGACAAGACGAAGCGAGGGAAAAUAGAUAAGGAGGACCUGAAGGAGGCCUGCCGCCACUUUAACAUGAUCAUCAGUGAACCGGUGCUCGAUGACCUCAUGGAUCACUGUGACGUUGAUAAAGACGGACUGAUCGACUUUUUGGAGUUUUCCAAUUUUCUAAAUUGGAAAGACAAAAUGGCAAUAAACAGUACGGAGCAGAAGAUUCUCACAGGAGAGCAAGGGGCAUGUACGACCCCAGCCAACAUGCAGAGAACAGGCCUUCAGGUAUCUGAUGCUGUUAAUUUCUUGGUGAGACCUGAGGACCUGGAGCCUGUUGAGGUGGGGUGCACCAGGAAGACCCCCAAAACCCUAUCCAGGCCGAGAUCUGUGAAGGACAGUUUCAUCACCUCCUCUUCUCUCAUCAAUGCUGUCGUGGGGGGACAUCCUACUAUCAAUUAUCGUACGUGUGGAGUGUCGUCAGUCCGGAGAGAUCUAGCGGCCCCUCGUAUCAAACGCAUCUACGACAGGACCAACUACGGCGAUGAAUCAACAGUGUAUGAUCUGCUCCACCCACCAUUGUAUUCCUUUUACGGAGUGCAUGAAGAACAGCUUUUUGGUCCUCGUGAAAAAGAUGAGAUAGCACAGAUAUUCCAAAGAGUAGGUGUGAAGUUUUCGGAUGAGACCUUUGAGGAGGCCUGGAAGCUGGCGUCAAUGAGACAUCCCACCGGUGAUGUAUGUGUGGAGAGCUUUCGAGACGUUCUCUCUGAACUACAGGCAUGUUAAACUCAACACGUCAGUAUUUUUCUUGUCUGUCAGGAAUACGUUUAUUUAUUGUUUAUUAACCGGUGAAUAAACUCUUCAAAUACA